AUGGCUCCUUCUUCAUUGCAACAUCGUCGGACGCACAACUUGCUUCUCGUAUCAAAGCUACUCAACCAACGCGAUGGCUCCUCGCCGUUCACCCUCGUGCUCGACAGUCUUGAGCAAUCCGGAAAGCCACUCUUGGCAGAAUUCGUGAAGCGAGCAUAUACGUCGAAUACCCAGGUGAUACUUGUCUCAUUUGAGACCCUAAGGAAGCCGGGCAACGUGGCCGUCUUCAUAGAAGCAUGGAAGCAAAGCCUGCCGGCUUGGCAGAAAGAAAUCGCCGUUCAUCUCAAGACUGAGCCAACGCAAAGUAAGUCAUCUGAGCUCGGUAAGUCCUCUGCGAUCAUUGACCGUAGGCCAGAAAAGCUUCUUGUCUUCGACAGUCUCAAUGCAUUGAGCGCAACUGAAAGCUCGAAUCUGCCUGGUCUUCUGUCCUCCUUCAUAAGUCCAACAACAUCAUUGCUUGCACUACACCACACAGACAUUCCUUCGCCAGUUGCCAAAGAUAUCCGGGAUGCUUAUUCGCCUGACGCUUUGACUCUGCUCCGCUACUUGGCCACGACCAUCUUCACAGUACACUCUCUGCAUAACGUGUUGGCACGAAAGGCAGCACGCGACCGAAGCCAUGCGGAACCAUCUUUUGGUCUUGAUGAAGGAAUUGAAGGGAUUUUGCAAGGUCGUGGCGCCAACAACGCGGAAGGCCUUGUGCUAGAGAUGGAGCACAGGAGGAAGAGUGGAAGGGGCGUGCGAGAGUGGUACUUUCUGCCUCUAAACUCCAGAACUAGCAGCACGUUUCAACCUGGAAAGUCGAGGGAGGUUGUGUCUUUGCUCGAAGAUCAUCCACAGUAUCGAUCGCCAGAAGACGUCACGAAUGGCGCUGAAGCAGCCGCAGGCAAAAGUGGAACAACGUUCGAGCUUGGUCUUACUGACAAGCAAAGACGUGAUCGUGAAGGUGUAGUCUUGCCUUACUAUGAUGCUCAAAAGGGUGGAGGAGAAGGUGGCCGUAUCUUGUACGACAUGGGCGAAGAGGAUGACUUUGACGAGGAGGAAGAUGAAAUUUAG